AUGGGUCGCCUUCAAGAGUAUGAGGUUAUCGGGCGCCACUUGCCCACCGAGGCCAACCCCGAGCCCUCGCUGUACCGCAUGACCAUCUUCGCCCCCAACACCACGGUCGCCAAGUCCCGCUUCUGGUACUUUAUCCGCGGUCUCAAGAAGGUCAAGAAGGCCACUGGUGAGAUUGUCAGCGUCAAGACGCUGCACGAGAAGCACCCCCAGAAGAUCAAGAACUUUGGCAUUUGGAUUCGCUACGACUCGCGCUCCGGUACCCACAACAUGUACCGCGAGUACCGCGAGAUGAGCCGCGCGGACGCUGUCGAGACCCUGUACUCCGACAUGGCCGCCCGCCACCGCGCCCGCUUCAGGUCCAUCCACAUCCUCCGCGUUGUCGAGCUCGAGAAGACCGAGGACAUCAAGCGCCCCUACAUCCGCCAACUUGUUGCCAAGGACCUCAAGUUCCCUCUCCCCCACCGUGUUCCCAAGCUGGACGCCAAGAAGGUGUUCAGUGCCAAGCGUCCUUCGACCUUCGCUUAG